AUGGACGACUUCUGCAUCGUCGUCGGUCGUGCCCUCGUCGUCCGAGACCAAGACACGUUCUUUCUUGAUCCAAGUUGGGUUGAACUGAAAACUGCUAAAGAUGCGUUUAUCGAGGGUCAAAAACACUUUGCAAAUGUUGUUAUCAACCACACUGAAGCCAAGCCCAUUGGCGGUGAUGUUGAUGAGACAGCUGCCGCCGAAGGGCAAGAUCGACGAGAUCAGCUGGUGGAUGGCAACGAUGUUGCUUGUGGAGGCGGAAAAUGA